CGAGUCCACAGUAGUCAACAUGGGUUUUUCACGGGAAAGUCAUGCACAACCAACCUUAUCGAAGCACUAGAUAACAUCGGCUCCCUCCUGGAUAGUGGUAAUCAAAUAGACGUGAUCUAUUUAGACAUGUCUAAAGCCUUCGAUAAAGUUAAUUAUGAGCUGCUGCUUUCCAAACUUAGCAAGCUUGGAUUUGGAGGCGGCCUACUACAAUGGUUCCGGUCCUACUUGUCUAAUCGGCGACAGCGCGUUACCGCCCUCGGUGCUACAUCUAACACCUUACCU